AUGUUCCAGCUUGCAACCCUUUCAAACAAGGUGAAAGCAAGCGCACCAAGCAAGCAAGGUGAGCGACGGCCUACCAGAAAAGGUACCAACGCCCAUGCAAGAGACCCAAUUAGCAAAAUCUUCAACCGUUUCUGGGCCAAGCUACAGGUGCUCAUACUGUCAGCAGGUCCAAACAGCAUGAAACCGGCGAGUCACACAACUCUAGACAUGGGGAGACCUGGGAAACCUCCCCGGGGCGCCAAGGAAUGCCAAGCGACAAAUCCCUGAGACGGGGGCCCUCCCGGGCUGGGAGCAACAGGGGCAACACCCCAAAGGUGCACACCACACCAGCGGAAAGGGGUAAGAGGUAGUCGACCACAAACGAAGAAACAAACCCACCGCAACAUUCCGACAGGGAAGACCCUGGGCCACCACGGAACCCAGGCUCGUGGCACAAGAGCACCAGCUCCCGCACAGCACCGGGGCAGAACGGCACACCACAGAUCCGGGCACCCCCCGGGAAGAAGAAACCUGGGCCCAUUACAGAGACCCCCGGGCCGGACGGCACAGACUGCAAUACCCAGCAGACGACAGACUCCAACGACAAACAAGUACAACCAUCGCCCAGCAGGACAGCAAGGACACCUCCGAACGAGCCCGGUGGCACCCAGGAUGCCCACAGCCACAUCCGACGACCACCCCACACAAGCAACCACAAAGGCCAGACAAGGUAUUGGCUGAUCCAUACAACCAGGGACCCCCACAGACUCUCAGGCUGUGCCAAGUCGAGACAUUGACUGACAGUGCCAAGUGA